AUGGGCGGCGACCCAUACUCCUCCUCGCAACCCCCACCAGCGCAGCAGCAGUAUGACUACAACUACAACUACCCCUCCGCUGACCAUGACCAAUUCCCCCCGAACUACCAGCAACAGCAGCCCUACGGCUACACCUCGCAGUACGAUGUAACCCAGAUCCCCCGCUCUCAUCCGGACGAAGCUGGCGGAGGAGCCCCCCCAGCCCCAGCCCUUGAUCAACAGGAUCAACAGCCACCGCCGCACUACUACGACUACGACUAUGACCACAACCGUCUGGGUCCGCAAUAUGAGCCCCUUCCGCCUCCGCCGCAUGGGAUAGUCAGACAGGGAAGUAACGCGGAAUAUUACAACCCAUCCCAACACGACCUCUCCCAGCCCCAACCGGACGACAACGGCGACAACCCCGGAUCCUCCGACCGCGGCCUCGGCGGGGCCAUCCUCGGCGGCACGACGGGGUUCUACCUGGGCCAUAAGAAGAGCCAUGGGCUGCUUGGGGCGGUGGGCGGGGCGAUUUUGGGGAGUUUGAUGGAGAAUAAACUGAAGGAGGCGAGGGGGAAGGAGGAUCAUGAUGGAAGUAUUUACGGUGGUGGUGUCACCACCGGCAUGGGCAUGGGCAUGGGCAUCAUCACCACCAUCACCACCAUCGCCAUCAUCGGCAUAGGCAUCAUCGGAGUUCGUCGAGGAGGAGUGGUUCGGGGGAUGGGGAGGGGUAUGGUAGUCGGGAAGGAGAUGGGGAGGGGAAUUAUUGAUUCCUGGGAGGAGGUCCGGUUGGUUGUUGAGGGAUUGGGCUUUGAGACUUUGUUUGUGGAUGUUUGUAGGUGA